AUGGCAGCAAGUAGUAGAUCAGCAGCAGCUGGGCUAAUCGUUUGCCUGUUGCUGGGGAUGUUGGCGAUGCAAUCCGCGGCCUCGUACGAGGAAUGCUAUGCACUUUGCCUGAUCGAUUGUGCGCAGUCAGGCGCUUGGCUGAUGAUGUGUUACCCUAAGUGUGCGGUGAAAUGCAUCGGCAAAGCAGCCAGCACCAUAGCUUCAGCAGCUGACAGUAAGCUGCAGCAACGACAACAGUAUCCUACAAAAAAUGGGUUGCCGAGAAAGAUCCAUAUUGACGAUGAAAAAGAAGACUAG